AUGGCUGGCUGGAGUGUGAUACCCCUAGUAGAAGUUAGCCACCAGCUAGCUCAGCUCCAACACCUGGUCCCAUUCCCAGAAGAAAUAGCCUAUAUUCUGAUGGAACAGGAGCUGGAGCUCUACAGGCGCAUACUCCCACUCGACUACCUGUUUUUCCUCACUAAAGACCUGAGCACCACUGCUGGCCACCCUUACCAGCUUUCAGUGCAAAGACCACAUCCUCUAUACGUUUCAACCUCCUCAUCCAGAUUCUCAUCAUUGCCCUCAAGUCAUAAAAGUCAACAAUGUAAGACCGUUAAGGACCUGGUCUCGCGAUUCAAUGAGGUGAGCUCUUGGGUUUCAUGGCUCAUUCUGAAUACAGGCCCCAUGGAGGAGAAGAGAGAGGUUUUCUCUUGCCUGGUCCACACAGCCAAGUGCUGCUGGAACAUGGGAAACUACAACACUGUCAUGGAGUUCCUAGCAGGACUCAGGUCUCGUAAGGUGCUGAAGAUGUGGAAGUUCAUGGACCAUAGGGAUAUUGAGACCCUGCAUGCCCUGAAAGAUGCCAUGGCUCAGCACGAAACCUCAGAAGACUAUAGACAGAUGGUGAGCCGGGCUCUCCAUAUCCCAGGCUGCAGGGUGGUGCCUUUCUGUGGUGUCUUCCUCAAAGAUUUGGGAGCAGCCCUGGAUGAUGCAGCCAGCCUGAUCAGCCUCAACUUCCAAGAGAACAAUGUUGAGUUUAUUUCAGACUACAAAGGCCAAGACAACUUUCUGCAACGGAUCGGGACAGACGGUCUCAACCAACCAAAGAAGGAGGCCACAGUCAACAACAUUCUCCAGAUUAUUCGCAGCUGCAAUAGAACUCUGGAGUUAGAGGAUGGGGAUGAGGGUGACACCAAUAGUAACUCCAAUGUACCUUGUAAAAACUCCCUCAAUGAUGGAAAGUGCAACCAGUUCCAGGUGGGAGAUCUCUCAGACCCAGAGGAGGACCUUCCAGAUGGUAAGAAUAUGGAUGCAGACCUCCACUGGACAGAGAGGGCUCAGAAGGCCUUCAGCCAUGGGACGGAGCUCAUCCCCUGGUACUCUCUCUCUGUUCACCUCCAAGUACACCAGUUCCUCCUGCAGGGUGCCACGGUUAUCCACUAUGACAAAGACUCCAGCCUCACUGCCCGCUGCCUGCUUUGCUUGCAGCCUGACAACUGUGUCCUCACCUGGGCUAAGCUCCACAGUAGCAGAGGACCCACUGACAGUAAGCUCCACAGCUUGCCCCACUACAAACCCCACUACUGCGGCCAAGCGGUGCUGAAAGGCCUGGUGGACGGUUUCCUUGAUCUCUGGGUGGCCAAGGCUGUGUUCCUAGGCCAUCCGGGGGCAGACUUGGAGGCAACAUGCCUGCAGAACAAGCUCUCAUGCAAGUUGUGCCCCCAACAAAAUGUUGUAUCCAUUCUCUAUGGCCUCCACACCACAGACAACAGGCUGUUACAUUUUGUGGCCCCCACAAACACUGCCAGGCUGCUUCACAGUGGGCUCCAGGCACUUCUAGAUGCCAUCAGAAAAAUCAGGAAGUUUCCAGACCAGAGGCUGCAGUGGCUGAGGAGGAAAUAUGUCAACCUUUAUCAGGAGGAUGGCAGGUAUGAGGGCCCUACCCUUGCCCAGGCCAUUGAGUUGUUUGGGGGCAGGAGAUGGAAUGUGGGUGCUACCGGCAUGGACAGGUCUGGGGCUCAAAGGAACAGCCCACUCAUCAUGACCACCAAUCAGAAGAACAUGAGUUCAAACAAAAAGAAAAAGAAAUCUCCCAUGAGGGGUGACAGUGAAGUUACAGAUGACGAGAUGGCGUCUCAGAAAGUGAAGGGAGGCUGGGAUGCACAGGGAAGAAACUGGGUCAAACCCUCAAACAAUACACACCAGAAUGAACCAGAUGACAGUGUCUCUGGUGGAUUCCCUGGGCCUGUUCUUCUAUCUCCCAGUAGAUCCCAGGCCGUACUUCCCCCCCACUCCACUAGCUCCUCAUCCACUCGCAAAAUGAGUGUGACAGGACCCUCACCAUCCCAUUUCACUUCAGCUUUCUCUAGUCAAAAGGGCACAUCGAGUAACAAGGUCUAUCAGCCCCUACCUAGGCCAGGAAAAAGCCAGUCCAAAAGCUUCCAGAACUUAAUGGUUUCAAAUGGCACAAUGAACUUUGCAGAGUUUGUUGAGUUAUUCAAGUCCUUCAGCAUUCGAAGCCGAAAAGAUCUGAAAGACCUGUUUGAUAUGUAUGCUGUUCCCUGCGUUCACUCUGUGUCUGAACCUGCACCCCUCUACACCAACCUCAGUGUAGACGACAGUGUCACAGGACUGCAGCCGGACCUGGACCUUCUGAUGCGGAAUGGGCUUGACCUUGGCCUGUCCAUCUGGAAUAAGAGACAUAUGUCAGAGAACCAGAAGCACAUUUCUGACGCCAUUGCAGCAGCCAGCAUAGUGACCAAUGGGACUGGCGUAGAAAGUGCUUCUCUUGGGGCGCUGGGCAUGGGUAUUUUACAUCUGAAUGACUUCCUGAUCAACUCUCAGGGGGAGAACUACUCUUAUGAUGAGGUCCUAAGCAUCAUCCAGAAAUUUGAACCGUGUGCCAAUAUGCGUCAGAUAGGCUGGAUAUCUUUUGAGGGAUUUGCUAGGUACUUGACGGAUAAAGACAACUUUGCUUUCAAAAUAGAAGAGUCCCAAGUGAAGGUGGAAGCCCUUCAAUAUCCACUGUCUUACUAUUACAUUGCGUCUUCCCACAAUACCUAUCUUACAGGCCACCAGCUAAAGGGAGAGUCAUCGGUGGAACUUUACAGCCAGGUCCUGCUCAGCGGCUGCAGAAGUGUGGAGCUAGACUGCUGGGACGGUGAUGAUGGCAUGCCUAUCAUCUACCAUGGCCACACUCUUACCACUCGCAUACCUUUUAAGGAUGUGGUGGAUGCAGUGAACCGCUCAGCCUUUGUAAACUCUGAAAUGCCUGUCGUGCUCUCCAUAGAGAACCACUGCUCUCUGCUUCAACAACGCAAAAUGGCCGACAUCUUUAAGACUGUUUUUGGAGACAAGCUGGUGACAAAGUUCCUGUUUGAGAGUGAUUUCUCUGAUGAUCCCCUGCUACCAUCUCCAUGGCAACUGAGGGGAAAGAUUUUACUGAAAAACAAGAAGCUUAAAGCUCACCAGACACCAGUGGACAUCCUCAAACAGAAGGCACACCAGUUGGCCCAGAUGCAUUCCCAGGCUAGUAAUGUUAUAGCUCCCAGCUUCCCAAGUCACAGCAAUGAGGAGGAUGAAGAAGAGGAGGAAGACGAAUCUGACUACGAUUAUGAAUCAUUAUCUGAUGACAACAUACUUGAGGAUCCACCUGAGGAGAAACAGCUGCACGGGGAGAAGCUUCAAGUGGAGCAUAGCAUUGAUGUUUCCAAGAAAACAAAGAAAGGUGACAAUUCCUUUCAGAUCAGAGAAAAAGUCUUUGAUGUGGGGCUGGAGGAAGAGUUCAAUUUGCCUCAAAGCAAGAAGGAAGGUCGACAGAUAGCCCAGGAGCUAUCAGAUUUGAUCAUAUACUGCCAAGCUGUCAAAUUCCCAGGUCUAUCCACCCUCAAUCCAUCCGAAUCCCCAAGGGGAAAGGAGAGAAAAAGAAGGAAGUCCUUUUUUGGUAAUCAUACUGGCAGAGGGGACCCCUUAACAGCGGCACGUACACCAGGAAAAGCAGAGGCAGCCCGCUGCAGCUCAGAGGAACCUACCUCGUCCUUUCUGACGAUCGGUGCCUCCCUGAGCUCACUAAUCCGCACCCCCAAAUGCUACCACGUGUCUUCAGUCAACGAGAAUGCCGCCAAGCGCCUCUGCCGCCUCAGUUCCCAAAAGCUCAUCCAGCACACCAUCAGGCAGCUCCUCCGCACAUACCCUGCUGCCACUCGUAUUGAUUCCACCAACCCCAACCCCCUCCUUUUCUGGCUCCAUGGUAUCCAGAUGGUCGCACUCAACUACCAAACGGACGACAUGGCCCUCCAACUCAGCGCAGCCAUGUUUGAGAAUAAUGGGGGGUGUGGUUACGUCCUGAAGCCCCCUGUGCUAUGGGAUCCCAGCUGCCCCCUUUACCGCCAUUUCCGUCCCCUGGAACGGGAACCGGUGGGCAUGAGCCCUACUCUGUAUUCACUCAUUGUUAUCUCGGGUCAGAAUGUAUGCCCUGGAAACCCCUGUAGUAGUCCGUGUAUCGAGGUGGAUGUUCUGGGCAUGCAGGCAGAUGGGUGCCACUUCCGUUCCAAAUCCAUCCAUCGCAACGCUCUCAAUCCCAUUUGGAACCAAAGUUUCACCUUCUCUGUGUUUAUGGAGGACCUGGCUUUCCUGCGCUUCACUGUGGUUGAACAUAACUCCCAGAUCACUGCUCAGAGGACCCUGCCACUUAGAGCCCUGAGAACAGGAUAUAGACAUUUGCAGCUGAGGAACCAGCAAAAUGAAGCAGUGGCAGUCUCUAGUCUGUUUAUCUACAGCCACAGAACUGAAGACGAUGGAUUAGGUGGCUCACAGCCUGCGUCUGCGCUCUUUAGAACAGAUGAGAAUCGAGCAGCCAAGCGGUAUAAAGUCACUGUUCAUGGAGUGCCUGGUCCAGAGCCUUUCACAGUGGUCAGCGUGAGUGCGAACACCACAGCCGGACAGCUCUUGAACAAUAUCCUCUCAGCUCCCCCAUCCUCCACCUUGCUUUCCCUUCCGUCUUACUUCCUGCAGGAGGAGAGGGUGGCCAUGCCCCGGGAGAGGAGCGAGGGCGGGGCUCUGGUUCAGGAGCGCCUCAUCAGGCCAGAGGAGGACAUUCUACGGGUGGUCCAAGGAUGGAAGUCCAACGAAGGCUAUCUGUGCCGACUGUGCCUAAAAAAGCGGGAAAAGUGCUUUAAUAAUGACGGUGUGGUGAAAGAAAAAAUGAUAACUGGAUUGGAAGAUAAUACCUUCCUUGUCCAGAUACACAGAGUUUGUCCCGAGCAGCAAAAAAUUAUAAUUGAAACGUCUAAAUGCAGCACAGCCAAUGACCUCAUAGAACAGACAUUGUUAAAGGCCAAACAGUCAGGCCUUCACAUGAGCAUGACCAACCCGUGUGACUAUGUGCUGGUGGAAGAGGUGUCCAGAGAGCCGGGGGGGCGCAGGCUCUCUGCCAAAUCCUCCCAUCAGCGGGUCCUUCGUGACCAUGAACGUGUGCAGCAGGCUCAGAGCAGGUGGAGGGGGCCAGGGAAGUUCAUCCUCAGCCUCAAGGACCAAGUUCAGAUGCGGGAACCCCAUGUCAAAGCUCACUCUAAACCUGUUCGUGAGGAUCGACGUAAAGGAGUAUCUUUAGCCAGUGAGCUGAAGAGGCUGACUGGCCGAAGUCGGGCUGUAUGGAUUGGGGACAGCUCCUGCUCUGAGAUGUUGCACAGUAAGGAUGAGAGGGCAGCCUGUUGCUUGCACUUGAGCGAGACCUAUGAGUGACCCUAGCAACACUCGAAAAGAUAUUGUGGAGAUUGUCGUCAAGGACCAGGGGAGGAGUUUCUCUUAUUACAGUACUUGAUCAGGUACAUAUAUGUUAAGGCCUGUAAACUUGAACAUUGACGUUUCAACCCGGCUUGGUCUUUUAAACAAACUGUUUGCCACAGUACACACAGUUAGCUAAAUAAAAAUAAAUGCAACUCAAAACUAAUUUAACAGCUUGUGCAUGUAGUAUAUAAUGGUGUCUGUCUCCCAUUAGGAUGUAUGUGAAUUUAAUGGCACAGGGCAGAUUUGAAGCAACACAACUCUGAAGGAGAAAUACUAACUUUGGUUUCAUCUAAGAAGGACAGGCUGAUCCCUCUGUAAGCAUGUGCAUCAAUGGUUGAUGAACACCAUAUAAAAUUGACCUGGCUUUUUAUUUUAUGUUUCUUGAACGCUGCCAAUGACAUUGAGACAUAGAAUGAGAGCUCUUGCUAAUAGUAGUUCCUCUGUAACUUACUGUUACUGUUAUUUUUUAUAUAAAAGUGGGUUGUCAUGUUAUAUGCUUUCUGUUCACCAUCUGACGAAACAAUCUUUGCUUACAAAUGCAUGCAAUAUUUAACUGUGGUUUUAUGAAAUAAAAAAAGGAAGUACAGAGUAAGCCACAUAUAAGCCACAUAUGGAACCAGCCCAUCAUCAAUAAAAACUCUAAAACUCAUGAGCAUUUAUUUUAAAUUUGGGGACGCACAAGUCAAUUAAAUUUGCAUGUUAACAACUCCUUUGUACAUGCAGGUGAUUUUAUGAUACUAAGACAACACUUCAAUAUUCAAACAAGUUCAUCUAAUUUGUAACGUGAAAUAAUUAUUGGACGGUUUGAUUUUAGUUUUAAAAAAUCUGAGUGUACUCUGUAUGCUCAUUAUAAAUGCAUCCGAAUUCAGAUCCUGAGGACACACGUAUUACACAUUUCCCAAAGGGAUUUGUGUUUGACUUCCUUGGUUCCUUGGUUUCAGAGAAACAUCAAGAGUCUCCAUGUGGGAUUUAAAGAUGGUAUUACUUCUGAAAGUAUAAGAAAAAAUGUUGUUGUUGGAAAAAUUAUUCCAGUGUGAAGGUUAAGGCUGAGACCUGAUCCUGACUGCCUAGCUGAAGGUAUACUGUACAAGAAGAACACAUAAAUCAUGUUUAACCUUUCUUGCUAUGAAUAGGAAUUCUUGGAUUACCUUGAUUCUUCAAUGUCCUCAAUGGUCUCUGGCAGCUUUGCAUUUAAGGUCUCUGGGAGAAGACAUGCCACAAGCCCAGAAAAGAUGGCAAAAAAGCAGAUGAUAACCUCAGGAAGUAGCUUCCACACAUCUUCCAGUAGUAUAAUCAGAGGCGCCAUUGACACGCCCAAACGAGCCAUAAAACUUGUAUAGCCUAUGCCGUUUUGCCUGUUUGGAACAAAAUUGACGAAUCACAACCAUUGGUAUUAAAAGCACCAUUAUUUUGUGGCAAACUUAAUUUAAUGUCAGCUAACUGUACUGUAAUACUCAGAUAUAUGUUGUUUCUGUAUAAUGACUUCCAGUUUUUUAUACUGUUUAGACAAGGUAAAUGAACUUUUUUUACGGCUUUCCAUUGUGUUCUUGGUAAAAUAAAAUAAAAAAUCAACACAUCAUUUACAAAUCUAAAUCUCAAAGCUAUGUCUGACCUGACAACUGUUGGGUAUAGUUCAGUGGUGUACAGGAAGACUGUGGUGAAUGACGCUUCUGAUAGGCCUUUUCCAAGCACAGCCACAAUUGUGCGCAGGUACCACAUACCUUAGCAGAACCGGAAGACAAUUUUUAAAAAACA